UUUGUUGACAUCAUCGAGAGCUCGAUGCAAAGCAUUGUAAAUUUCUUCAAAAAUGCAGUUCCGGCGAGAAUGAAUGAAAAUAAUUCUCCACCGGAAAAAGCAUGUAACGAUGAAAACACUACCGCCUCGGACCCAGAGAGAGAAAGGGAGUUGAAAAUACUCGAAGAGACAAUUUAUGAUAUUAUCCGUGAUGUGAGAGACCCAGAGAAGCCGGAGACUUUGGAAGAGCUGAAUGUGAUAUCAGAGGAGGGUGUCCAUGUGUCUCGUCUCCAGGAUGGUCAGCUGCUGGUCAAGCUGACCUUCGUCCCCACAGUUCCACACUGCUCUUUAGCAUCACUCAUAGGUUUAAGCUUGCGAACAAAGUUAGAGAAAUGUUUGCCUGAGCAGCACAAGCUGGAUAUUUUUAUCAAGGAAGGAACCCAUUCCACAGCUGAUGAAAUCAACAAGCAGAUCAAUGACAAGGAGAGGAUAGCUGCUGCCAUGGAAAACCCCAACCUCAGGGAACUCAUCUCUAAGUGCACUGAAGAACCAGAUGAUACAUACUGAUACAUACACGAUGAUACAUACAGGCAUACGAGAUGAUACAUACAGGCAUACGAGAUGAUA